GCGCGCUCGCGCUGGGCGCGCGCCCGCCCCUCCCCCCUCCCCCCUCCGCCCUCGCGCCCUCGCGCCGGGGGCGGGCGCUGCGCGUGCCGGGCGGGGAAGCGGUGCGAGCCAGGCGCAGCAAACGUUCGCCGCGGGGGCGGCUCCGGGGCCUGAGUGGGCGCCGCCGCUGCCUCAGCCGAGGGGGCCGGGCCGGAGCGUGAGGAGGAGUGAGGCCGCAGGAGACCUUCCCGACGCCCCCUGCUCCGGCAGGGAAGUGAGCAAGGAUGAUUGAAGAAAGUGGGAACAAGCGGAAGACCAUGGCAGAGAAGAGGCAGCUGUUCAUAGAAAUGCGUGCUCAGAAUUUUGAUGUCAUACGACUAUCAACUUACAGAACAGCCUGCAAAUUACGAUUUGUACAAAAACGAUGCAACCUUCAUCUUGUUGAUAUCUGGAACAUGAUUGAAGCCUUCCGAGACAAUGGCCUUAAUACACUGGACCAUACCACCGAAAUCAGUGUGUCCCGCCUUGAAACUGUCAUCUCCUCCAUCUACUAUCAGUUGAACAAGCGCCUUCCUUCUACUCACCAAAUUAGUGUGGAACAAUCUAUCAGCCUCCUCCUCAACUUCAUGAUUGCUGCAUAUGACAGUGAGGGCCGAGGCAAGUUGACGGUAUUUUCAGUUAAAGCUAUGUUAGCAACCAUGUGUGGUGGAAAAAUGCUGGACAAAUUGAGAUAUGUUUUCUCCCAGAUGUCAGAUUCCAAUGGCUUAAUGAUAUUUAGCAAGUUUGACCAGUUUCUGAAGGAAGUUCUGAAGCUCCCAACAGCUGUCUUUGAAGGGCCAUCUUUUGGUUACACAGAGCACUCAGUCCGCACCUGUUUUCCACAGCAGAGAAAGAUAAUGCUAAAUAUGUUUUUAGACACGAUGAUGGCUGACCCUCCUCCCCAGUGCCUUGUCUGGCUACCUCUCAUGCACAGGCUUGCCCAUGUUGAGAAUGUCUUCCAUCCCGUGGAGUGCUCCUACUGCCGGUGUGAGAGUAUGAUGGGUUUCCGCUACCGAUGCCAGCAGUGCCACAACUAUCAGCUCUGCCAGAAUUGCUUUUGGCGUGGCCAUGCCGGUGGCCCUCACAGCAAUCAGCACCAGAUGAAAGAGCAUUCAUCUUGGAAAUCUCCUGCAAAGAAGCUGAGCCAUGCAAUUAGUAAAUCUUUAGGGUGUGUACCCACCAGAGAACCCCCGCAUCCUGUUUUUCCUGAGCAACCAGAGAAACCACUUGACCUUGCACAUAUAGUUCCUCCUCGCCCUCUGACUAAUAUGAAUGACACCGUGGUUAGCCACAUGUCCUCUGGAGUGCCCACUCCCACCAAGAGGUUACAGUAUAGCCAGGAUAUACCCUGUCACUUGGCCGAUGAGCAUGCGCUGAUAGCCUCCUAUGUGGCCCGUCUGCAGCACUGUGCACGUGUUCUGGACAGUCCUAGCCGACUGGAUGAGGAACACCGUCUUAUAGCUCGAUAUGCUGCCCGGCUGGCUGCAGAAGCAGGAAACGUGACUCGUCCUCCCACUGACUUGAGCUUUAACUUUGAUGCCAACAAACAACAAAGACAGCUUAUUGCAGAACUGGAAAACAAAAACAGAGAGAUCCUGCAGGAGAUUCAGCGUCUCCGCCUGGAACACGAGCAGGCCUCCCAGCCCACCCCUGAGAAGGCACAGCAGAACCCCACGCUGCUGGCAGAGCUGCGGCUGCUGAGGCAAAGGAAGGAUGAACUGGAGCAGAGGAUGUCGGCCCUGCAAGAGAGCAGGCGGGAGCUGAUGGUCCAGCUAGAAGAGCUGAUGAAGUUGCUGAAGGCUCAGGCCACAGGGUCACCACAUACAUCGCCCACCCAUGGAGGCGGCCGGCCGAUGCCCAUGCCAGUGCGCUCCACGUCUGCCGGCUCCACCCCCACCCACUGUCCGCAGGACUCACUGAGCGGAGUUGGGGGAGACGUUCAGGAGGCCUUUGCACAAGGUACGAGGAGAAACCUCCGCAAUGACCUGCUGGUGGCAGCUGACUCCAUCACCAACACCAUGUCAUCCCUGGUGAAGGAGCUCCAUUCAGGUGAAACCCAGAGCUCCCACCUGGCUUCCUGGCCUCCCCUGCCUUGGCCGCGCCCUUCUCACUUCCUCGCCAGCUCUGGCAGAACGUCACCACCCAGCUCGCACCACCCCAUUUCACCACCCAACUUUGCCUUCUAGGAACACAUUGGAUGUCUCUGCCCAGAGAGCCUCUGUCACACAGGAUUGCAUAGGGGCGGUUUCACAUUCAGGCCUAUCUCAGGAGUGCAUCUUGUGGAGCAAGCUGAAUUUGGAGAAAUUCAGACCUUUCAGUGCAGGCAGGCCCCCUUCCUCACUUACCCCGUCUUCCAUCUGUGCUUUGUCCACAGCCUCUCUCUCCCUAGGCCUGACCGACCGCCUCAUUCUGAAGCUUCCCUGGAAGUCUGGAGCCGAAUCAGCCAGGAAAGCUCUGGACCUUCCCCUGCUGCCUUUCUGCUCUCUCCUGUUUGAUUUGGUUUUGAAGCCUAUUCCUUCCUUUUGUCCGUAACCAGGCUCUGAUUUCACCUGAAGUUCAUGACCUGAGUCUGUCGCCUCUUCCACUCCUCAUGUUCAGCUCAUCUGUGACUUCUUUCUCAGUCUCUCCAUCACCUCGCCACAUCAGUGACUUCCCAAAGACCUUUACCUUACAUAAAACCCAGGAAAGAGAGAGAAAAUAAAAGGCCAUUCACGUAUCAUCCCAUCUCCAGGAAUCUCCAUGACUCUGCCAGUUACGUAGGGGCCAGAGUCACUAACGAUUUCACAGCAGUGGGGUUUCCGUGUUUUCUGUUAAACUAAUGGUUUCCCUUCCUAAGUGCUGUAGGUCACUCACACUGAUGGUUCUCUUUUGUUUCUUUCCACCUAAUGUAGUGCUUUUAAAUACCUUGAAGUAGCUUAACAGGGCUAUUAAAUAAAAAGAUAAAGCAGUUUUUCCACAGACCAUUCAAACACAUAGAUUUAUUCAGACACUCUUAGGGAAGGCAAGCCUUGGGUAUUUUUCAGCCCUUCGUAGGAGAAAGCUCACAUGUUUCGGGUUGUCAUGGGACUGGACAGAGCCCCCAGCUCUGCUCUCAAGUCUGCCUGUUUUCAUACAGACCAAAGUGACUAUGUGGCCCAGUCUGCUCUUUCCAGUCAGUUGAGGUCAGACGCUGCUUCUCUGGUUUGAUGGUGUCACCCUCUCCAUUCUAGCACUGUUUCUCAACCCCCAUCAGAAGCACAGCCCCCCUCUGUACACAUGAACAGAAGAGGUGACAGCCUUUGGGAUGACCUCACAGGUGAUUAGAAGGCACUUUCCCUAAUACAGCUCCCCACAGAUGCCAGAAAUCCCACUUUUAGAGGAAAUUUCUUACGGAAUUUCGGGCCAUGGAAAUUAACUACACUUGUACUUCAUGGCCACUUCUUAGAGUUUAUGCAAAAUAAGUGGCUUCUGCGUUCAUCUUGCUAGGGUGAGAGGUCAUUAAAUACCGUUAAGCAUAAAGCACAUAGAGACCAAAUAGCUUCACAAAAAUUUAAAGGUUAUAGGAAUACUCAGCAGUGUCUCAUAGUAGGAAAGAAUGGUUUCAACAAAAUUAUAUAGUGUAAUUUGGAAGGUGCCUUAGAGAGCACAUUGUCCAGUCCCUUACUUUAGAAAUGCUGCAUGUGCUUAUCAGAAAAGUUGUCUACCUAAGGUCGUGCAGCUUGAAGGGGGAAAGCUGGUCCUAGAACUUGGGUCUUCAGAGCAUUAAGCCAGAGAUCUUACUCCCCUCCAGGAUAAGACAUCAAACCCAGAGUCCCAGAGGCCCCUUUCCCUGAUGUUCUCUCAGUCACUGAAGCCUGCAGGUAGAUGUGGACCAAAGCCACACAUGGCAUGGUAUCCCUCUAACAUGCAGACAUAAACUCCCUUUACAUGUGAGGGUACCAAUUUCUCAAUGAAUAGAACAGCUUUGCCCAACACCAACACGUUUUUACUAUCUCCUUGACAGUGACUUGACAGGUUUUUGUUCCAAUGAGAUGACAUACUUAGAUUAUCUUUACAUAUAGUCUAUACAGUAUAUACAUACUGUAUAUACAUAGCUUGUACUCCUCAUCUUUAUAAAGUUUUUUCACAGAUAAUGGAAUCCUAGAAUUGGAAAGGAUCGAGGCCAGGCACAGUGGCUCACACCUGUAAUCUCAGCACUUUGGUAGGCUGAGGCAGGUGGAUCACCUGAGGUCAGGAGUUCAAGACCAGCCUGACCAAC